GAAAGUGGUAUCAUCAAACUUUUGGGAAAUAAGUUACUGGGAUAACCAAGUGAUAGAAACAGGUCGACUGGGUUGAGCUUCCUGAAGACGUUUCUUAUCAAAGACCUGAUGCUGGGAGUCCUGGAACCUCCCUGCUGUUGCUUCCACUGGGAGUCACUGGGAGUCACUGGGAGUCAUUGACCCAGUGAGUCGUGUCCUGAGGUGUGAAUUGUAGUAAACUUCCUGGGGAUGGAAGUCAGGACUUUCUGUGGCUGAUACUUAGUUUGAAGUAGAGACGCUUCCUGACCUGAACACUGGGGAAACUGGCACAGCCCAGGAGAGCCAGCUCCUCGGGUCAGGACUCAGCAGUCAGAAGACAACAAUGUCCACAUGUUGACCAGGGACGACAGGUGGUUUGAAAGAAGAGUCCCUCAGGACACAUGACUCACAGGGGGAGACUCCUAACGACCGUUCAUGGGAAGUACCCAAGUGGGAAAACCCAAGUGUAGAACGUGCCAGACAACACGUCCCCUUGUUGAGUCGUGGGACAGACGUGGGGACGAAUGAGAACUUAAGAAGGCUGUUUUUACACUUACAGGCUCUGUAACGACUGAAUUAGAAGAAACUCUGUCAAAGUAUUAUUAUCAAGCGUAAUCCCUCAAAAGUUGUAAUCCUCAUAAAGCCGUGUGACUUUAUCACGUUGGGUUUUCCCAACAAAAUCAUUUUUACAUCCUCAGCGAACAUGUUGACCAACUUUUAAAAUCCACUGUGUGUUCCUGGGUUGUCUUUUAACGUCACAUGAGAAGCUGAACAAAUUGUGUCAAACACACACCAACACAUCUCAAACCGCACAGCCCUCACAAUCAAUUGUUGCAGUCUUGUGAAUGAGUGUAUAUAUAGUGAGCUCGGCAGCACUAUCAGCCAGUCGUCAGACACGGUGGUUCACAGUCGCCAGCAUGAACACGCUCUUCAUCGGCCAAGUCAUCGGCAUCAUCCCCAUCGCUGCCCUCCUGCUCUUCCUCCUGGCCAAGCUGGUUUCUCGCCACCGCCCCAGCCCCAUGCAGGACGGCCGCGGCCACGCUGUGCUGAUAACGGGCUGCGACAGCGGCUUCGGACACCAGCUGGCAAGAUGCCUCAACCACAAAGGGUUUGUGGUGUUCGCCGGGUGCUUGUAUCCGGAGGGAAUCGGGGCCCAGAGUCUGGUUAGGCAGACGUCCAGCAAUCUGAUAAUCCUCAAGCUGGACGUCACCAAGGAAGAGGACGUGCAGCAGGCGAAGAAGACGGUCCAGGACAACCUGCCGGAGAAGGGUCCGUGGGCCGUCGUGAACAACGCUGGGAUCACCGACUGGUCCGAGAUCGAGUGGAGCACGUUUCAAGAUUUCCACAACAUGGUCGACAUCAACCUAUUUGGCUGCAUCAGGACCUCCAUCGCAUUCCUGCCUCUGGUCCGUGCUGCUAAAGGUCGGAUGCUUUAUGUGUCGAGCAUCUUCUCCUUCUUCAACUGCCCCAACAUGGGAGCGUACAGCGUGUCCAAGAGGGGCCUGGAGGCCUUCGCCGACUGCUUGAGAGUGGAAAUGGCCAGUUUUGGUGUGAAGGUCAGCAUCAUCCAGCCGGGUAAUUUCGGCCAAGCCACCAACAUCAUCCGGAUGAAGUCGGGUCUGGAUAUCUGGGAGAAACUGGACGACGAGCGCAAGCAGACCUUCAACCGCCAGUACAUCGAGAUGGCCAGCGAGUACUUCCUCUCCACGUGCAAGGCGGGAUUCAAGGACACGGCGGUGGUCAUCGACGCCAUGAUGCACGCGGUCAUGUCGGGGCAGCCCAAGUACAGAUACCUGCUGGUCUCAGCGCUGGACCGGUUUUUCUUCCAGCUGCACCCGUUGCUGCCCACGGUCUUUACCGACGCGGUGUUUUCUCUCAGCUCGAUGUACGUGAAGAGAAAAGAGAUGCUUUACGCCAAGUAGGACAAACACUGGUUGCUCGUGGGAGAUACUUGGUUUUGGUUGUGAAUCGUUCUGUCGUGUGUAUUUCUUAUUAUUUGAGCAUUACGGAUGUUGUUAUAUAUUUUUAUUAUUUGUAUCGUAUGAUUUCUAUUGUUCCCUACAUUUCCUUUGUAAGAAAAACAUACAU